AAUAAUAAUAAUAAUAAUGGAAUUACUUUAUCUUCUAUGCUCUAUAGUCUUCACCUCCCUCACCUCUCUUAUCCUCUCCCUUCUCCUUCCCUUUCACGCGCUACUGCGGCGGUGGGGACCCUCACGCGGAGCUUCUACCUACUGCAAUGACGUAGCUGGACCCAUUUCUCUCUACGAAGGUACUGUGUGGCACCAACGCCGGCACCCUGUCCAUCAUUCCUUCCAGUACCGGGUCCGCUACGCGCUUUUUGAUCUCGAUCGUGCGCCUCACGCGCCGCCUGACCAUCUUUCUGCCGAUGAAGCUCGCCAGCUUACCGAUACCAAUGGACCCAUUUUGCUCUUGACUAUCCCUCCUAGUGUGGGAUAUGAACAGAAUCCUUUGAAUGUGUAUUAUUGCUAUGCUGUUGAAGGCUCUACUAGACAUUUGAAGAAGUGCAUUGCUGAGGUAACAAAUACCCCAUGGGGUGAAAGAGUAUCUUUUAUUUUCAAUCCGCACUCUGAUCUAGUGGCCAAAUCUUUACAUGUCAGUCCUUUUAUGGAUAUGCUUGGGAGUUGGAAUAUCAAAGCAAGUGAUCCUGGAGAGAAUCUUACCAUAUCAAUUUCAGUUCAUCAUCCUGAGCAUGGAAACUAUUUUACUGCCAGUCUGAAAGCUAAAAGGUUGUGCUCAUCAUCAGAGUCAGAUCAUGCAGUUUUCUUUUGGUUGAUGCCUCAUAAGGUUGCAGUAUGGAUAUAUUGGAAUGCUGUAAAACUCUGGUGGAAAAAUGUGCGUUUUGUCCAACACCCCAGAUAUAGCAUUCCCACGUACAGGGAGGAAGCUUUGGUAAGGGACCAAAAACUGCAAUGUUGUGGAUUGAGUGAUGAUAAUGUACAUCUGCAACAAAAAGGAAGCGAUCAGGGUUGUUUAGCCGAAAUAAGUUCUAGUAACCGGUGGUUUAGAUGGAGAGAUGCUAAGUGGCCAUGGUCGUAGAAAAUUGUAUGGAUUUGCUUUGUUUUGCUUUUGGUGAUUUAGUAAGAUUUUGUUUUCAUAUGCUUAUAGGACGAACUUGGAUUAGUGAUAAAGCUAUUUUUAUGUGAUUGUUGGAGAACAUUCCUUUUACAAAUAUGUUAAGGAGGCUGCAUAAAGAUUCCCUAAACCUAACUCUUAAUAAGGAGCGGUUUAUAUUUUUGUAACAAACAUCCCCAAACGGCUAAGGAUGGGUUGACUUAUUAUUUAUACUGUACUAGUUAUGGUCUGUCUCUUAACCAUGAUGUAUU